AGUAGCUGACAUCAGAUUAUUAAUAGUAGGUUUGUUAAUUGUUCCUUACCCGUUAUAAACAGUGUUCGUGACCUCGGUGAUGAGUCGCCUGUUUCAGUUUACAAAAAGAAUCGCGCUACGCUGCAUCGCUGAUAAUUUUUGAAGAUCAACACAAAUAUAUAGGCGACUAGACGUAUACACAUGUUUAUUAUUUUGGUUUAGUCUGAACCUACUUAACGUUAAUCAUGAAACUAGCUGCACUGUUAUUAUAUUCAGUAAUUUUAAACAGUGUCUACGGUUUAAAACUACUAAUAGUAUUUCCCGUACCCGCAAGGAGUCAUUAUAUAUUAGGAAAUAGUUUAAGUAAAGGUUUGGCAAACUUGGGACAUGACGUUACUUUUAUUGCUGCAUUUUCUGAACCAAACCCACCUAAAACUCUAAAACAAAUAGUGCUGAAGGAACUUGGUGAAGUAAGAGAUGAACAACCCAGAAACAUGUUUGAAAUGGCAGAUAUUUCUCCAUUUUUCCAAAUCUUUUUUUUAAAUGGCAUUGGUGCUAUGAUGACUGAACGUGUACUCGAACAUCCUGAUACUCAAAAGCUGUUGCAUUCGAAUGAAAAGUUUGAUGCAGUGAUAAUGGAACAAUUUAUGUCGGAUGCUCUUACCGCACUUGGCCAUCAUUUUAAUGCUCCCUUAAUAGUAUUCAGCACCCUAGGAGCUAAUCGAUGGGUUAAUAACUUAGUUGCUAAUCCUGAACCAGCUAGCUACGUACCUGAUCUUUUCUUAAGUACAUCAUCCGAAGAAAUGGCCUUUACUGAACGCGCCUACAACCUGAUUUUCGGUAUGGUAGCUCAGUUAAAUUUGUAUUAUCUCGUUUAUCCUAAACAAAAGAAAAUUGCUGAGAAAUAUUUUCCGGGCAUACCCGACUUUGAAAAAAUACACUCAAAUGUAUCAUUGGUGUUAUUAAACUCUCAUGAGAGUAUAGGUCAGCCAGUACCGCACGUACCUAACAUGAUCGAUAUAGGCGGAUACCAUGUUCAACCACCCAAGGCGUUACCCAAAGAUUUGCAAGAUUUUAUGGAUAGCGCUAAAGAAGGAAUUAUCUAUUUUAGCAUGGGUUCAAACCUAGUACCAUCUCAAAUGCCAAUAAGAACAAAAAAUGUAAUACUGAAAGUAUUAGGAUCGAGAAAGGAAAAGGUUUUAUGGAAAUGGGAUGAAGAUCAAUUAGAAAAUAAACCAGCUAAUGUAAAGAUAUCAAAAUGGUUUCCACAACAAGACAUUCUAGCUCAUCCUAAUUGCAAAUUAUUUAUUACUCACGGUGGACUUCUAAGUACUACCGAGACAGUCACUAUGGGAGUACCUAUACUUGCUUUUCCCAUUUUUGGCGACCAAAAGCUGAAUGCCAAAAGGGCAGAAUCGUUGGGAUUUGGUAAAAGUCUCGAAUUUAGCAGUAUUACCGAGGAGGAAUUGGCCUCUACAUUGAAUGAGUUGUUAUCAAACCCGAAGUAUAAGAAAAAUGCGAAACUCAGAUCACAACUUCUCAAAGAUCGGCCGGUAAAACCUAUAGAAUUGGCAGAUUAUUGGAUAAAAUAUGUCGUGAAAUAUGGAGGAGCGCCACAUUUAAGAGUGGCGGGCAUUCGUUUACCUUUUUACAAGUAUUGGUUCUUGGACGUGGUCGCAGUGUUUGGUGGUGGCUUCGUUCUCUCAAUUUAUGUGCUAGGCAAAUUGUGCAAAUACAGAAAAUGUAACCGAGCUAAAAAACAACUGAAAGAGAGUUCAAAGAAAAAGAGGCAAUAGACUGUUAAUUUAUGUAUAAUAUUUUUAUAAUAAAUUAUUAAUACAAAA